GAGUGUGAGAGCUGUCGAACCACAGCAGCGGCACACCGAAACUGAAUGAAAGCCGAAGUUUUUCCUAUUUCGACCUGAGAGGUUUUUCACAUUGACAAGCCGUGAAAAUCGCGACAUUCGACAAGUAAGAUUAGGUCUGCGUGUAUAAAUCGUUCGAUAAUCUCCGAGCGAACAGUCACUCCGAGAGAAUGUCUUCGAAACCCGACCCGAGGCUCCGGACAAUCAAAAUCAAGUCUGGAACGGUGAACCGUUUGGCUAAAGAGGUCGUUGCUUACCAGAAAGAGUCUGUGCGCGAGGAAGAGCGUCUCGCCAAAAUGAAGUCUGAGGGCCAAGAAGAAAAUAGGAUCAAGCUGCAGGAGAAGGUCAUCCUGGAGUCCCAGAUGAUGAUUCCAGACUGUCGUAAGAGACUCAUUACUGCUUGGGAGGAAUUAGAAGCCCUCCUAAGCAGUGAGAAAGACCUCGAGGAGAACGAAGACUACAUUUCGGCUCGGAAAAUCCUGGAUGAGGCUCAGCCACAGUUGGCCUGAAGAUGAUUUCUGCGCCGAUUUUGAAAAUAUCGAUAUUUGAUGCUGCUUCCCAAGCUUAGAUAUCUUCUAUUUAUUUUCUCGCAACGGAAAAGGUCGUUCGGCGAGACUCCCGACGAUUUGUCGACUGAGCAUUGAUAAUAAUUGAUCGAAUAAAUCAAUAUUUCGCGAA